AUGGGCAACAAAAAGAUGGCUCAGAAGGUGGAAGCUCAAGGAGGAAAAGGAGGAAUCCAAUGGGACGAUGGAUCAGAACACGAUGCCGUGACCAAGAUUCAGGUCGGAGCAGGUGGAGUCGGAAUUCAAUACGUUAAGUUUGAUUACGUGAAGAACGGACAAACCGAAGAAGCACCUCUUCGCGGCAUCAAAGGCCGUAGUAUCGCAGCUGAUCCGUUUGUGAUUAGCCAUCCUGAGGAGCAUCUAGUUUCUGUAGAAGGUUGGUAUAACCCUGAAGGUCUUAUCCAAGGGCUUAAGUUCAAAUCCAACAAGAAGAGUUCUGAUCUCAUCGGAUACGAUGAUGGUACUCCAUUCACUCUCCAAGUUCAAGACAAAAAGAUCACUGGCUUUCAUGGGUUUGCCGGAGACUAUGUCCACUCUCUUGGAGCUUACUUUGCUCCGUUGGCUUCUUCAACUCAGUUGACUCCUGCCAAGAAGUUACCAGCACUUGGUAGCGACGAAGGAACUACAUGGGACGAUGGUGCUUACCAUGGUGUCAAAAAGGUGUAUGUAGGUCAGGGCCAUGAAGGUGUAUCAGCGGUUAAGUUUGAGUAUGCCAAUGGUUCUCAAGUGGUUGUUGGGGAAGAACGUGGAAAGCCGACUCUACUCGGAUUCGAAGAGUUUGAGGUUGAUGCAGACGACUACAUCACAGCAGUGCAGGUGACCUACGACAAAAUAUUUGGCCAUGACUCCGACGUCAUCACAUCUAUUACCUUUUUUACAUUCAAGGGGAAAACCUCACCACCCUAUGGAUUGGAUACCGAGAAGAAGUUUGUACUCAAGGGACAAAACGGUGGCGAACUUGUUGGGUUCCAUGGACGCGCUGGCGAUGUUCUGUAUGCUCUUGGGGCGUAUUUCGUUACGACCACAACUCCUUUGACUCCUGCCAAGAAACUACCAGCAGUUGGUGGUGAUGGAGGAACUACAUGGGACGAUGGUGCUUACGAUGGCGUCAAAAAGGUGUUUGUAGGACAAGCCCAAGAUGGUAUAUCAGUCGUCAAGUUUGUGUAUGACAAGGGCGCUGAGGAAAUUAUAGGAGAUGCACAUGGAAAUAGUACUUUACUCGGAUUCGAAGAGUUUGAGCUUGACUAUCCGAGUGAAUACAUCACGGCAGUGGAAGGCACCUACGAUAAAAUCUUUGGGAGUGACUUUGAGGUCGUAACCAUGCUUAAGUUCAAGACUAAUAAGCAAACCUCUGCUCCUUUUGGAAUUGAAGCUGGAACACCUUUCGAACUCAAAGAGGAAGGCUACAAGAUCGUCGGUUUCCAUGGAAAAAUUGCGAUUAACCAUCCGGAUGAGUAUCUGGUUUCCGUCGAGGGUUGGUAUGACUCCUCCAAUAUCAUCUUGGGAAUCCAAUUCAAAACCAACCAAAAGACUUCUGAUUACAUCGGCUAUGAGUUCGAUGGUACUGGUACUAAGUUUACUCUCCAAGUUCAAGACAAGAAGAUCAUCGGUUUCCACGGUUUCGCCAGCGACCAUCUCAAUUCCAUUGGAGCUUAUUUCGUUCCAUUAGCCUCCACCACCCCUCCUUCGGUUCCCCCGAAGAAGCUUGAAGCUAAAGGUGGUGAGACAGGAGCUUUGUGGGACGAUAGUCAUCACGACAAUGUUAAAAAAGUGUAUGUAGGACAAGGCCAAGAUGGUGUAGCAGCUGUCAAGUUUGAAUACACAAAUGGUUCUCAAGUGGUUAUUGGAGUUGAACAUGGAAAAUCCACAAUGCUAGGAUUCGAAGAGUUUGAGCUUGAAUCAGAUGAAUACAUUACAUCCGUGGAAGGCACCUACGACAAAAUCUUUGGGACAGACAGUGCUGUAGUGACGAUGCUUACGUUCAAGACUAACAAGAACAAAACAGCUGGACCGUUUGGGCUUGAAGGCAGCACACCGUUCGUAUUCAAGGAGGAAGGUUACAAGAUUACCGGGUUCCAUGGACGAGCUGGUGAGGCUAUUAAUGCUAUUGGAGUUUAUUUAGCUCCAGUAGGCUCCAUCCCUUUGACCCCUGCAACACAAGGAAAGAAGCUAGAAGCAGCUGGUUCUGAUGGAGGAGCUUUAUGGGAUGAUGGUGCUUUCGAGGGUGUAAGAGUAGUGUCUGUAGGACAAGCCCAAGAUGGUAUUGGAGUGGUCAAGUUUGUGUAUCACAAAGGAUCUCAGAUUGUAGUAGGAAAUGAACAUGGGAAAACUACAAUGCUUGGAUUUGAAGAGAUUAUUUUUCUAGUUCCUUGA